UUCUGCAUUAGGAAGAUCAAGAUUCCGGAGUCGGGGCAGAAGUGAAUAAUGGCGGAAGCUCUCUUCGAGCUGGAAGAAAUUCUCAUCUCCAGAAAGGAAGCUCUGACAAGUGAAGAAGCUAAACUACUUAAUUCAUGGAAGCAAAAUGCUAUAAGAGAUUUUGGCAUUGGUGCUACCGGUGCUUCCUUUGCCACUUGGUUAGUAACCAGAAGGUUGAAUAACCUAGUUCGUAUGAACCUGACAGCAGGUGUUGGUUUCUAUUAUGGCAUUAGGAGAUUUGCUAAGUGUGUGGAUUCAGAAAUUGAACAAAUUCUCUCUCAGCAUGGGACUCGUUUGCAAACUGAGAUGGCAGAAAUAAUGUUGAAGAAGCAUCAGCAUGAUCCACAUGUAUUGCAACGUGUCUCCAAACAUUUUUUCUGUGAAAAUGUUUAUGAUGACGAUUCAACCGACAGGCCAAAAUCAAGGUGGCGCAUUCGGAAUCUCUUUGAGGAAGAUCUUGCUUCUGCUCAUAUGACAUAUGAUGAUGACUCUUACAAUAAGAAAAUCAAUUCGGUGAAAACUGAUCCGAGGAAGACUAAUCUACAGCGCAAGCAAAUUAAUACGGGUGCAGCAGCUGAUGGUCUGGAGGCUAUUGAAGACCCAUUUGACUGCAUAUUCGGGUCUUCAGCAAGUGUCCAAGAUAUUCAUCACCCUGACACACUUAGCACACCAUUUAGAAGACGUAACUAUAACCAGAAAAGGUCUCAUCGUAGGCAUAGGAUGCGUCACAAGGAGAACAUGGAUGUUUGAGGUUUCUUCAAUUGGCCAAAUAGCCCUCACAAAUGCCCCUCGCAUCACAUGUACCUGAAAUUACUAGCUAUUACAACAAGUUGUACCUACUAUGUGGGUGCCUUUCUAUGAUGCUGUUCUCUCCUUGAUACACGGAGUCUUGCAUUGUAGCUGAAUGAGUCGUUCGCCAAAUCUCUAGCUGGAAUUGGUAUUACCUCCAAGCUGCUUUGUAUAUGUUAUGACUCCAUUUGCAUUUGAGCUAUUCAGGGACGGUGUACCAAUUUCAGCAUAAGCUAGUUUUAGAUAAACUCUGUUAGUGAUUUUAAUAGAGAUGAAGCUAAAAAUUGAUCUCCCAGUCGAAAUAUUUGGAUGAAAUGAAAUUAGAGUUCUGAAUUCCCAGCAUGUAUUAGAAGAAAUAAUUGGUAUAAACAUUUGUACUUGUUACCAAUGUUGGUAGUAUUUUUUUCAAUUUCUGCAAAAUUUAUCUAGUCUUAGUUGUA